AUGGCGGCACCACCAGCAAUGACUUCAAGCAGCCACGCUCGCGCCCCCGUCAUCAAGGUGAUUGCAGGCGAAGACGAGAUCUUUGGUGAGGAAGACGCAGACGUCCCACUCAAUGUCUUCCACGUCAGCAAGUCGCUCUUGUUGGAGAACUCAAAGUACUUUGCCAUCAUCCUCGAUUCCUCUCCUGAUCGCACCACGGUCCGUCUCCCCACCAGCGACCACGACGUCCUCGCCGACUGGCUCGACCUGAUCUACCAAGGCGGCCUGACCAAAUCCGGCAACCACCCCCAGCCUCUGGCCUUCAAGGAUGUGCAGCGCUACUUCAAGUUCGCAGACCUGGUCGGCUCCGAGAAGCUCCGCAACACAAUCAUGGAUUCGAUGCAGGACGUUCCCAUGAGCCACUGGGAUCUGAAGUCCUUGUGCACUUUGGACGCAGAGUAUUCCUCCGACCUCGGGGUCUUGCAGGACUACGUCCUCGAUUGUCUGGCAUACAAGAUCGUCGUCGGGGGCUGGGCCGAGUUCACCGGGUCAGACCGUGACAGCGAAGGGAGUACCUGGCGCGACUUCGUCAGCGAGACGGCCAACACCGGGUUGCUGAAUCAACUGUUGUUGAGGGUAGACAAGCUGAACGAAGAGAAUCAUCACCACCACCUUGUGGCCCCGAUGGCACAGAGGGACUGCAAGUGGCACGAACAUGUGAGCGACGACACAAAGGCCAAAUGUCCACGAAAUACCACGCCGGGGUGGAAACCCUUGGCUGCAUACAACGGUCUCAAGAACGGGCAUGGCUCAUCGCUCAGCACAUUUUUGGGGCCUCGCGAAGGACUGUUUUAG